CAAUCACUUUACACCAACUAAUGGGGUCAGUUUGUGUGUGAAUGUUCAAGAGUGAUACUGGAGAAUGGCAGGCCUGACCUGAAAACAGCAUAUCAAAGUUGACCUGCUCAGCUACAGGGGUGGACGGCGGGCAGUGUAGUUUGUGUCUCCAAUCCUCAUCUGUCUCUGGACUUUUCACCUGAAUUCUGGUGCGUUCACUCCGUUGAGACAAUGUACUGCCUCCAGUGGUUGCUGCCAGUCCUACUCAUCCCAAAGCCCCUGAACCCAGCACUGUGGUUCAACCACUCGAUGUUCAUGGGAUUCUACCUGCUCAGCUUCCUUCUGGAGAGGAAACCGUGUACCAUCUGUGCCUUAGUGUUCUUGGCAGCAUUGUUUCUCAUCUGCUACAGCUGCUGGGGGAACUGCUUUCUCUACCACUGCCAGGACUCUCCACUGCCAGACUCAGCCCAUGACCCCAACAUUGUGGGCACUUAAACCCGCAACAACAUGUCUGUCUACCCCCCCCUCCCACCCCCAAUGAUGAUAUGUGCACAGAGACCUCUGGACAAUCUACAUUCAGGCUGUGAAUAUAAUCUUUGCCAGAAAUGCUGGGACACUCCUGUUCUUGGUAACCCAUAUAUGCUUCCCGGUCCCGUCUCCCACACUGACGCUCACAACACAGACAGUAGCCCGGCCCCCAACUCUCCCCUGUUCAUGGGCUAAAGUCUCUCUCUUUGGGUUCUAGGAUCUGAAAUUUGCAUGGGUUGCCUGUUUGAUUUUUUUUUUUUCCUCCAUCUGUUUGGGUUUAAAUGCAGAUUACAUUUUCUUAAUUUCUGGAUGCUGAAUGUUUCCAAAGGGUAGAUAUAUUGUGUGAUUGUGUGUGAGUGUGUGAAAUAUUUUGAUUCUUGAUCCCGUACUGACGGAUCGUUCUGAUUCAAUGUAAGUGGUAAGGAGCUGUUGAAUCUCCGUGGCUGUCGAGAGCUGAAAAUGAAUGUGAGGUUCUGCCAGUCUUGAGGCUUAUACCUGGAUUCUUCCAGAAUGGCUAGAGACAGAGGGAAUAUUUACUUGACAGUUGAGUACACUUCCCCCCCCCCCCCACACUUUGACUGGUUGUACUUAAGGCAAGCAGAAUCUACCCCAGGUUAUCCCUAGCCAUCUCUCUCAAGUCAGUCCAGGUACUGUCACAGCUUUGUAAUCCAAUAAAGGUAAUUGCUCUACAACACACAGAGGUGGGAAUCACAGUGACCAUGGGUGUUUUUCUCUUUGUUUCUUGUGAACACUCACACAUACACAGACACAGCGCUGUGCAUGUUAUAGCACAGAGGUCCAGGUGCAGAUGACCCGAUACAGGUGGGGAUGGCUGGUGUGUUUGUAGGGAGACAAUAAAUUAACCUCCUCCAUGACUACAGCACAAGGUAACGAAGACAAACCUUAUCCGUGUGAAUUAGCUUUGAGCCUGGCUACAGUCAGCAUAUAUGACAACUUGACUUUUCCUUUUGUUAAAACUGUUUAAAAGGGUCAGAGAAACUCUCAGAUCUGUUGUCGGAGAUCAAACCUUUGGUUGCUAUAGAAAUGGCUUAUUUCCAUUGCUGGUUAAUUAGUUGCAAUUAUAUUUUCACAUAAAAUGUUGGGUUUUUUUUCUUUCUUUUUCCUUCCACUUUUGAGUGUUGGUUUUUUUUUUGCAGCUGGAGUCUCUCUGAUGCUGCACACUGACUCACAGUUGCUGUAAGAUUUUAAUGUCAUUCUAUCCCAUCAGCCGUAUUUUGACAAUGAAUGGGAAGGUGUGACUUGUAUACCACUGUGUAAUUUAUGCCAUUCUUCAGCAAAACAUUGUUGAUCAUUAAAAGAGCUGAAGCCACCUGCUUUGGACAAGACUUUUCUCUG